CUCUCCUUUCCUUUCUAAUAAUCACCUUCUUUCCAUAUUCUUUUCUCUCCAGCUUCCUUCAAAUCUCGCCUCUCACUCUCUUCACCGACACCACCCCCACCCAAGCACCCCUCGCCCAACAAACCCUUUACCCUAUCCCGUACCCCAAAUUCAUACCCUAGCUCUACUUUCUUCAAACCCCUCACACAUCUCAAUUUGGUAAUUCAACCAAAAGCUAGAAUAGAAACCCAUUAUCAUAUUCUUUUUUUUUUCUUUAAUAUCUCCUAUACUUCCACUUUUCCAAUGAAACCCAUCUCUAUUGUCUGACAAUCGCUCCUAACAUUUAUUAUUUUGUAGUACUAGACUUUGUAUUAUCACGUACUGUUUGAUCUUUCCUCCUAAAGAAGAAAAAGAAGAAAAAGAUGCUGGAAAGAUGCUUGAGCCCGCGUCGAGCUAGGCAAAUGCAGAGGCUCUUGAGAAAUGGGAAGCUUACACUUCUUUGCCUGUUUCUUACGGUCAUCGUUUUAAGAGCUAAUCUGGGUGCUGGAAAAUUUGGCACACCCGAGCAGGACCUUAAUGACAUCCGGGAAACCUUUUCUUACAUCCGCCGGCGAGCUGAGCCCCGCCGUGUUCUUGAAGAAGCCCGGCAAACCUUUACUGCCACGGAUAAUGGUGCUUCUGAUACCAAUAGUUAUGCUGAUUUCGAUAUUAAAAGGAUAAUCGCUGAUGAAGAUGACGGUGAUGAGGUAGUGUACAAGAGAGAUCCCAAUCAGCCCUAUAGUUUGGGCCCGAAAAUAUCGAAUUGGGAUCAGCAGAGAGCUGAAUGGCUGAAGAAAAAUCCCAACUUUCGGAAUUUUGUAGCACCCAAUAAGCCUAGGGUGUUGUUGGUUACUGGUUCGUCGCCUAAGCCCUGUGAGAAUCCUGUUGGGGAUCAUUACUUGUUGAAAUCGAUAAAGAAUAAGAUCGAUUAUUGUAGGCUACAUGGGAUUGAGAUUUUCUAUAAUUUUGCCCUGCUUGAUGCGGAGAUGUCUGGGUUUUGGGCGAAAUUGCCAUUGAUCAGGAAGCUUUUUCUUUCGCAUCCUGAGGUUGAGUUUCUCUGGUGGAUGGAUAGUGAUGCUAUGUUUACGGAUAUGGCGUUUGAAUUGCCAUGGGAGAGGUAUAAGGAUCAUAAUUUCGUGAUGCACGGGUGGAAUGAAAUGAUUUAUGACCAGAGGAAUUGGAUUGGGCUGAAUACUGGUAGCUUUUUGUUGAGGAACUGUCAAUGGUCUUUGGAUAUUCUUGAUACUUGGGCACCUAUGGGUCCUAAAGGCAAGAUAAGGGAUGAAGCUGGAGAGCUUCUGACUAGGGAGCUAAAGGAUAGACCGGUUUUUGAAGCUGAUGAUCAGUCUGCUAUGGUUUAUAUAUUGACAACUCAGAGGGAGAAGUGGGCCGAGAAGGUGUACCUUGAGAGUGCUUAUUAUUUGCACGGUUAUUGGGGAAUUUUAGUGGAUCGAUACGAGGAAAUGAUUGAGAAUUAUCAUCCUGGUCUGGGCGAUCAUCGGUGGCCACUUGUGACUCACUUUGUCGGUUGCAAGCCUUGUGGAAAGUUUGGGGAUUAUUCAGUUGAGAGGUGUUUGAAGCAGAUGGAUCGUGCACAUAAUUUUGCAGACAAUCAGAUUCUUCAGAUGUAUGGAUUCACUCACAAGUCACUUGCUAGUCGGAAAGUCAAAAGGACACGGAAUGAGACAAGUAAUCCUCUUGAAGUGCAAGAUGAGCUUGGGCUACUUCACCCUGCAUUUAAAGCUGUUAAGGUUUCUGCUUCUUAGGUGCGCAUUGGAGGGGUAGAUUUGGAAUCAAGAUUAGGUUGCCCUAUCUGCCUUAUUUUUGUUUUUUGGGGGACUGUUAAUCAUAUUACAUGUCAUUUUGUAUUUUGUUGUUGUCUAUCACUCGUCUAGAGCUCUGGUUCUUGUAUUCCUUUAUUUGUCGCAAUCUUUAUGUGAAAUAGUCUUAAUGAAAGCAUAGUCAGAAUUUGUAUUAGCUGUUAACUUUGGCAGUAUACUUCAAUUAAUGCAAUAUCUAAGGAAAUGCGUCUUCUGGGUUGCAUUUUCUGUUUCCUGGACA